GUUCCUUAUGUCACUGGCUACGGAAGUGAAACAUUAUAGCGCCCAUGCUGGCUAAUAUUGAAUUUUAGGACAUAUUUUCUCUAUCCACGUGAAUAUCGCGUUAACUUAGCAACGGGUAGCUCACUGCGGUGUUGCCGUUCACUGAAGGAAAGUCAAAACAGUCUGUGAAUGGGGCUGUCUACGAGAUGAGACGUUCUGAACCUUAGUGUCCACAGGUCCCUGGUAGAGCACCCACCAUAUGCCUCCUCCAGACUGUAGUUUUGUUGUUGUGAUAUCAACUGGCUAAGCCUGGCUGUUGGUUUGACAUUGAGAUGCACAGUGUGGACUGGGUUUGUAUAAUGAAGGUCCCAGUGCAUACUUAAUUUGAGCCCGCUUCAGUGUGAUGUUUAGGCUCAGGUGUGGUAGUUCCUUCCUUCGGAGGCUCCUUCAUGGAGGGACAGUUAACCGAGACAAGGUUCUGCAGCAGCUGCAGGUAUGCGCUGCUGAAGACCAGGUUUUGGAUGUGGUGGGUAAAAACAAGGCCAAGCUUACAGUGAACCAUGUCAGCACAGCUGUGGGGAUGCUGUGGCAGUUUCAGAGAGAGAAGCCACAAAUGCUCAGGACUGUUAAGGUCAUCAGGUGCCAUCCUCAAUUCUUAACGCUCCGGGUUUUGGCAGAGAACAAAAUUGCUCUGAUGGAUGAUUUGACGUUGGUCGACAUGCUUUACAGUUUCCUCAGGUUUAAUGUGGAUGGCCAUGACUCUCUUGUUCAGCAGUUAGUUUCAGAAGCAUGGCUGAGAAUAGACAGACUUCCAAUGGAAUCCCUAUCCAAGUUUGCCAUGUGUCUCAGUAAUCUGAACCUUCAAAACAGUCCGCUAAUGGGCCACAUCACCAGUAUAGUGGAUCAGAGGUUGUCGUCCAUUGAUGAUGCCAGGAUCCUGUCAUCACUGAUGAUCAGCAUGUCGUCCCUGGUGUCUCCCCGGCUUCGAGAUGCCCUUAUUAGCAGGGCAGAAGAACUCCUGGACACCAUGGAUCCAACAAAAUUUAACAACCCGCGGAGAAUGGUGCAGUUCAUGCGAAACAUAAAGCACAGUUACCGGCCCCUGCUGGACAAGUGCAACAAGAUUAUCUUAAUCAACAUGUCCAGGCUGGAUGCAGAAAACAUCAGCAUGAUCAUGGGGCUGUAUCAGGGUCUGCAGUUCAACAGCUGUGACUUCAGUCUGGCUGUCAAACCAAGACUAACAGAACUCAUUGAUUCGAGCACGGAUCCUCACUCCUUUACCAAACUGUUUGUCACUCUGGCUCCGAUGGCCAGUCAGGAGAUCAGAGACGGGUUGGAGAACACUGCCCUCCUGUUGGCGGAUGAGCUCACUCCACAUCAGGCUCUGGCUGUAGCUGAAGCUCUACAAGAUAUUCAGAGCAGGAAUCUUAGCUUACUGAACAAAAUUGCAUCAGUGAUCCAGAGGAACCUCCAUGUCUACAAGCCAGUGGAGGUCGCACGGGUCGUCCAAGCGCUUUCCCUGUUGAAAUACCAGAACCCUGAACUCUACGCUAAACUAAGACAGAUUUUGGUCAAAUUUAUGGAGCGCAGCGUCCUCCCCUACGAGGUGACCAUGUUGACCCGUGUUCUUUCCAUAUUGCCCUGCCAGCGCCUUGAGGAGGGCGUGAUCUCCCGGGUAGAGGAAAUAGUGACCCAGUGCAAUCUCAAUGACCUCAACACCAUCUCUGUUGCCGUUGCCAAGUGGUUGCGUAAUGAACCCUCCUACCGCCACAACACUACCAGCAAGUAUGUGCGUCUGCUGCAGACCCUGAACCGCUGCGGGCGGGAGAGGCUGCAGAAGGCCGACCGGCUGGACCUGCUGCUGGAAGAGCUCAAGUACACUACAGGAGAGUGGUUUGAUGAAAUUCUGCUGGAUGAAACGAUGGUCACACUGAAGAGGAUGAUGGACCAAAUCCACUGGACCAAUGUGCCGGCGUUGUGCCUCUUUCUAACCAAAAUAAAUCACAUCUGCCCUCCCCUGUUGGACCGUAUUGCCACAGUGGCCAUUAAAGACAUUGACAAGAUUCACCACUGGGGAAUAUAUGCCAUCAUUCUCCCGUUCAGUGUACUGAAUUAUGAUUCAGCAGACGAGUUGUAUGAUGCCUCUAUUCAGUGUGUGACUGCUCAUAUCAGCUCCUUUGAACCACAUAUGCUAGUUCUCCUGGGGUACACUUUGGCUUUGGCCGACUAUUUUCCUGAGGAACUAGUCAGAGAAAUCUUCAGUAUAGAGUUUUUGGGAAAGCUGGACGCCAAACUCGAAACUCUAUCUGAUACCCUCACCAUGCGGACCAGACUGCGCCUCAUGGAGCUGAACCGCGCCGUGUGUCUCGAGUGUCCUGAGUACCAGGUGCCGUGGUUUCAUGAGAACUACUGCCAGCAGUUUCAGAAGAAAGGGACAGUCACUGCGAGUCCUAUGCAGCAGCAAAUCUACAAUAUGCUGGGUGAGGUUCUCGGUGGCAUUAACUGUGUCCGAGUAGCAGUUGUCACUCCAUACUUUUACACUGUAGACUUUGAAUGCGUUCUAGACAAGCGCUUGCAGCCGCUGCCCUACAGCGGGCCCAGCACUCUGCAGAUCUCAGACAGAGGAAAGGUUCACUGGGGAACGAGCUCAGAGGAUACCACCAGGGAUGUGCUGCCACCUGGAGCUCAGCGAGUUGCUGUGAACUUCCUUGAUUCCAACUCCUUCUGCAAGAACUCUCACCAUUUGAGAGGGAAUGCUCUGAUGACAAAAAGACACCUUGAAAUUAUGGGAUACCUUGUGGUUCAGGUCCCUCACUUUGAAUGGAACUCGAUGGAGCUUUCGACUCCGAAUGCAUGGAAGGAAUAUCUAAAGAAGAACCUAUUUGGACAGCUUUCUUCCUAA